AUGGCGAAAGACAAGAAACAGAACAAAAAACGCAAGCUCAAUGCCAAACCCGCCCCCCAAAAACAAGCAUCCCUCCCCACACCCCCUGACUCGUCCUCGUCCUCCCUCAUCGAGCCCGAAGAGAUCGAAACCGCCAUCUAUGUCCUCAACACUCUCGCAGAGAACCCCGACGAACUCUCGGACAAGCGCAUGAAGGAUGUCAAGCGGGCCACAUACGACCUCCAUCGGGUCAUGGCAGAGGGCGCUACCCUCGGAGCUUCCCUCACUUCCAAAAUCUCGGCUGCUCUUCAAGACUACCGAUUCACCGACGCUCUGAUAUUCCUCUUUGAAAUGUACACCAGGCGCCUCCCCCCCAAACUUGGUGCCCUUCAGCGAUGGGUCAGAGAAUGUGAUGCUACUUCCGGUGCCGAUGGAACGCCAGGCGACCCGGAAGCUCUGAAAUGCCUUGAUCUGAUCCUGCGCAUCGCCAACAUGUCUGCUGAAGACAAAGAGGCCAAGAGUGCGUCUAGUGGGAGCUCUGUGAUCCGGAGGAAGAAGCCUUGGGUCGCGAGAGGUCCUAUCGAAGGGGAGAUCCCGAUUUGGAAAAAGAUGCAGAGCGAUACAUUGUUUGAUGCGCCUCCACCCAAUCCAUACCCCAACUUUACCUCCGUCCACCACGUCCCCGCCGCCCUCCGAAAACCCCCCAACCUCUACGACUCUACAGUCUACGGCUCCUCCCCCAACGCCAUCGCCCUCACCCCCUCCGACAGUCGCCCGCGCCAACCCUCCAGGAUGGACGUCCCCGGCGUCCCCGGCGCAUUCAUGGUGCUCGACGUCUUUACACCUGAAGAAUGCCUGCAGAUCGUCCAAGCCGCAUCGGCUAUCGGGUUCGAAAAAGAUGAAGCGGCCGCGGGAUCAGCAGUCAUGAAAAACUCUAUCCUCGCGCGCAACUUUGUCUGGCUCGCCGAUAAACCGUUCCUCCAACAUUUCUACGGCCAGAUCCUUCCUUUCGUUCCCCAGACCGCCCCGGUAUCCCCGGAAGGUCAUGGUGGUGGGAAAGUGAGGGGGAUCAAUGCGAGGUUUAGAGUGUACGAGUAUAUCGAGAAUCAACUAUAUCGCCCGCAUAUCGAUGGCGCCUGGCCUGCAGCAGGUCUCCAUCCCGAAACCGGCGAAUAUCUCCACGACUCAAGUCCCCCCGAAGACCCUCUCUGGUCCCGCUACACCCUCCUCCUCUACCUCAACUCUGACAUCCCACACGAUACGGGCUGUACGACAUUCUUCCUGCCGUCCGAGAGGAUGGGCGUGAUGGAGGCCUUUAGUGUGAAACCCGUGCAGGGGGCUGUUUUGUGUUUCCCCCACGGAGAUACCCAAGGCUCCCUCCUACACGAAGGCAGCGCAGUAGGCGCCGGCGGCGGGAAAAUCGUCAUUCGUACUGAACUGUUGUUUGAGGCACAAGGGUUUGGGCAGUUUAAGCCGCCUGUGGCUUCGAUGGUGGGGACGGAGUCUGGGGUUUGAGUCUUGUUUUUUUUUGGGGG